AUGCCCCGGCACCCUUUGAAAAUCGGUGGGCAGUUCCAACAGUCUGCCCAGUGGCAGCAACCUUUGCCAGACGGGAGUGUUGCCACAGUGUACCUGAUCGCUGAUCAGGAUAACCUCCAGCAAGCAGCAAGAAGGUUGAACUUCGUGGGACAUGGUGCCAUCAUUGUCAUGGAUUGUCAUGGAUGGAAUCUGAAAGCGGCCGCCGGAAAGCUUUGUUUGUUGAGCAUUGCUUUCAUGGAUGGCACUCCACAGCUCUUCCUGAUUGACGUGCUACAAUUGGGUGAGCAAGUUUGUACCCUCAUGCCCUUUUUCACCAAUCCAAAUGCGUCCAAGUUCACGGCCGACGCCUCCACCCACGCUACGGUGCUGGCCCACAAGUUCGGAAUCAACUUGGCGGGGGUGAUCGAUGCGCAGUGGGCCUAUGAAACGCUUCAGAAGAAAACGAUGGUGAGGCCUCUUGAGGUGCUUGACUGGUGUGGCCUAGCUCCACCAGACUUCAAGCAAGAGACUCUGCAAUUGGAAGGAACUCCUGAGGUGUGGGGCCAAAGACCUCUGCCACAACGGACCUUGACCCAUGCCGCGCAAGGCAUUGGCCUACUCCAGGCGGCGGCUGCGGUGGUUUGGAAGCGCCUUGCAGUGGCCUUUGGCAAGGAUGUGUUCGAGAAGGUGUCCAGUGCGUCUCGCCAGCGCGCCGAGAUGGCGGCCGCCGCCGGAUGGGCCUGCCGCCACGCGGGGCUCUUCACCGCGGAGCAGGCGCACGGUGGGUGGAACGGUCGGGACUAUGAGACGCCCGACAAGGACUCUGAGAUGGAGGAUUGGCUGGCGAAGCGCUUCGGCAAGGAACCCUCGAGCACCUCCGCCGCCCUCCGAGCACGCUCUGCUGAGCGUCCCAAGCUGCCCGAGACUGCGUUUCGAAGCUUGGUGGGAGAGGGAGACAGUCCGCGUACCGCUGCCUGGCGAGCGCGCUUGGCCGAGAUGAAUCCUCCCCGCAUCAUUCCGUCCCGGCAGCGCUCCGCCAGUCCCACCCUGCACUCGUGGCUCGAGCGGCGAGAGACCGCGCGCGCCGAGAAGAGGAAGGAGGGCGCUGCGCAUCGUGCUUCCAGCUUACCCUCACGCAGAAGGGAAAGGGAUCAGGACGGGGGGCCAGGGGGAGUUGGGUCGUGGAUGAGCUCUUUGGUUGAUCGUGAAAACAGCAGCUGGAUGGUCGAGUCAUCCGGAUGGAUUGGAAAGAAGUUGGGGGUGUCCCAUUACUUGAUUACUUGUAACAGUCGGUAA